AUGUCAGCUAAAGACGAAGACGAGUUCUGGUCUGAUGCUCUCACUCCAGAACCCCGAUUUGAAACAGACUUUCGCGUUCCCGAUAACAAGUUUGCCUUCUCCCCAGGCCAGCUAAACAAACUGUUCAACCCGAAGUCCCUUGCCGCUUUUUACGCGCUAGGUGGGCUGCAUGGUCUAGAAUAUGGACUCCAAACAGAUCUCACCGCUGGGUUAUCGGCAGAUGAAAAGAUCCUAGCUCGGUAUACAACCUUAAAAGAAGCGAGACAGGUCGCGUCCACUCAGACGAAUGGGACACUGUCACCCUCACCACAAUAUUCAAUUCCACCAGCUGAGAGCGCUCAGAGUGCAUCUCUAUUUGCAGAACGAUCCCGGGUCUUCGGUACGAAUGUGCUCCCUCAAGCCCCAAAGAAGACGUUUCUUAAACUUCUUUGGGACGCGUACAACGACAAGCUCAUUAUCCUGCUUACCAUUGCUGCGAUUGUGUCGCUUUCCCUGGGUAUAUAUGAAGCCGUGUCCGGCCAGUCGCAGGUGGACUGGAUCGAGGGCGUGGCAGUCUGCGUUGCUAUACUUAUUGUGGUUGCUGUAACAGCGGGGAAUGAUUGGCAGAAACAGAGGCAGUUUGGGAACCUGAAUAAGCGCAAACAUGACCGCGAGAUUAAAGCUAUCCGCUCCGGGAAGAAGAUGCGGAUGCGCAUCAGUGAUCUCACUGUUGGUGAUGUCGUAUGUCUAGAACCGGGCGACGCGGCUCCUGCGGAUGGAAUUGUUAUCACAAGCCAGGAGAUCAAAUGUGACGAGUCCCUUGCCACAGGCGAGUCCGAUCAUGUUGAGAAGUGCAGUGGGUUCAAAGCUUGGGAUAGUCGUGCAGCUAGUGGGUCAGAGCAUGAUAUAGACCCCUUUAUCAUAUCCGGGAGCAACGUCCUCGAAGGUAUAGGGACGUACCUGGUUACCAGCGUCGGUCCACAUUCAACGUAUGGCCGAAUCAUGGUCGCUCUAGGGACCGAGACAGAUUCGACACCGCUGCAGGUGAAGCUUGCGCGGUUGGCGAGUUGGAUUGGGUGGUUUGGGCUUGGGUAUCGCCUUCCUCUCCUUGACCACAUGAAUGAAGUAGUAGUACUGACGUCUCUGAUGAUAAAGAUGUCGGCGAGCGAAGAGACGCCGGCUGUUAAGGGACAGCACUUCAUGGAUAUCUUGAUUGUUACUGUCACUGUGAUUGUAGUAGCAAUUCCUGAGGGCCUGCCACUUGCUGUAACGCUCGCACUGGCUUUUGCGACUGGCCGGAUGUUGAAAGAGAAUAAUCUUGUUCGACUAUUAAGAGCCUGCGAGACAAUGGGUAACGCGACAGUGAUAUGCUCCGAUAAAACAGGGACUUUGACGCAAAACAAAAUGUCUGUGGCCUCGGGAUUCUUCUACCACUGUGAGCCUUUCGGUGAAUACCAUUUGAGCGCUACUGCAUUACCUAUCUCGAUAUCAGAAACACUGAAAAAAUUCUCGUCAUCGUUUGAAGAGUUACUGCUUCACAGUCUGGCACUCAAUACAACCGCUUUUGAAGAACAGCAAAGUGGGACCAAGGAAUUUAUCGGAAACAAGACUGAGGUCGCCCUUCUCCGGUUCGCACAUCAGGAUCUCGGAUUGAACUUGUCUGAAGUACGGACAAACAACCACAUCAAACAGGUCUACCCAUUCGACUCGACCCGCAAGACCAUGGCCGUGGUAUAUACUAGAUCAAAGCGAUCAGGAUAUCGAUUACUUGUCAAGGGCGCACCGGAGAUUCUUCUCACUGCUUCCACCCACAUGGUCUCACCAGGGCCAGAGGGGGAAGAUUUAGCUGCAUGCGUGAUCUCCCCCGACGACCAUCGCUUGAUAUCAGAGACGAUAGACGCCUAUUCCCGAGCUUCGCUUCGAACAAUAGGACUAGCGUAUAGAGAUUUACCCACCUGGCCAUCAGUGUCCCAGGACCGUCAACCCAGCUUCGAUGAGAUCUUUCGUGACUUGACCUGGAUUGGAACAUUUGGGAUUCACGACCCGCUAAGACCCGAGGUCCCCGGAGCAAUUCAGACAUGUCGUGCAGCCGGAAUUCAGGUCAAAAUGGUUACAGGCGACAACAUACACACAGCCCUCGCAAUCGCCGAAGCAUGCGGUAUUAAGACAAAUGACGGCAUCGCGAUGGAGGGGACUGAAUUGCGGAAUCUAAGAGAGAAUGAGCUGGACAUUGUCAUCCCCAAAUUACAAGUACUUGCGCGGUCCUCGCCGGAUGACAAGGAGCUUCUAGUAAAACAUCUCAAGCGCAUUGGGGAGAUCGUCGCCGUGACUGGGGACGGGACGAAUGACGGCCCGGCACUGAAAGCUGCGGACGUAGGGUUCUCGAUGGGACUAAGUGGGACUGAGGUUGCUAGGGAGGCGAGCUCGAUUAUUCUUCUAGAUGAUAACUUCAGCUCUAUUGUUACAGCGGUUGCGUGGGGAAGGGCUGUGAAUGAUGCUGUGGCCAAGUUUUUACAGGCAAGCCUCCACUUCCAAAUCACGGUCAAUAUUACUGCCGUCGUUCUCACAGUUGUGACAGCGAUCUACAACAGCAAGAACGAGAGCGUGUUCAAAGCAGUGCAGCUGCUUUGGCUGAAUCUCAUCAUGGAUACAUUCGCCGCACUAGCUCUGGCAACCGAUCCCCCGACAUCCGACAUCCUCAAUCGCCCCCCAACGCCCCGCAGUGCCCCCCUCUUCACUGUGAUAAUGUGGAAGAUGAUCCUCGGCCAGUCAAUUUACAAACUCGCCAUUUGUUUUACACUCUACUUCGCCGGCCAUUCGCUCUUCCACUUCAAUAAAUCCGACGAAGUCGAGAUGCUCGAGCUGAACACAAUAAUCUUCAACACAUUUGUCUGGAUGCAGAUCUUCAACGAGUUCAACUGUCGGCGGCUGGACAACAAAUUCAACAUCUUCGAGGGUAUACACAAGAACAAAUGGUUCAUCGUGAUUAACUUCGUCAUGGUUGGCGGCCAGAUACUGAUCAUUUUUGUCAGCGGCAAGGCAUUUGGUGUGACUAGGCUUUCUGGUUGGCAGUGGGGUGUCUCGCUUGGAUUCGCGGUGUUUUGUGUUCCUUGGGCGGCGGUAUUGAAGCUCACUCCGGAUGUUUAUGUGGAGGUUUUGUUGGACAUGUUUGCUAAGGUGAUUAAGUGUGUAUUGUCAUGGGUUACCAAGGCGUAUGAAAGGGUUAUACCGGGGAUAACAAGGUGUUUUCGUGCAGGUACUGGGUGGUCGAAGAUGGGACGAAGGAGGGUUGUAGAUGAGGAGUCUGCAACUGAUAUCAACCGCUGA